AUGAAGAAGGAAGAUUAUCCCACCAACCUUACACUCCUCGUUGCAUCGUUUCUCACACUCUCCUUCUCCCUCGCAGUCUCAGCCUCCACUCUAGCCAAUGGAGCCCUCACCGACGCCCAAGCCAUGUACAUCAGCCAACGCCAACUUCUCUCCUACAGAGACGAGUUCGGCGACAGAGGAGAGAAUGUAACCAUAGACCCCUCCCUUGUUUUCGAAAACGACCGCAUCAGAAACGCUUAUAUAGCCUUGCAAGCUUGGAAGCAAGCCAUUUUGUCUGAUCCUCUGAACCAAACAGCCAAUUGGGUCGGAUCCAACGUGUGUAACUACAACGGAGUUUAUUGUGCACAUGCGCUUGAUAACCCCAAGAUCCGCACCGUGGCUGGCAUUGAUCUUAACCACGGUGACAUUGCCGGUUAUUUACCUGAAGAGCUUGGUCUUUUGGUAGAUCUUGCACUCUUCCACAUUAACUCCAACAGAUUCUGCGGCACCGUGCCUCACAAGUUUGAAAGGUUGAAACUACUCUUCGAGUUGGAUCUCAGUAACAACAGGUUCGCAGGGAAUUUCCCGGAAGUGGUUCUUCGGCUUCCCAUGCUCAAGUUCUUGGAUCUCAGGUUCAACGAAUUCGAAGGUACUGUACCUAGGGAGUUAUUCGACAAGGAUCUGGACGCCAUUUUCAUAAACGACAACCGUUUCGUCUUCAAUAUUCCCGAUAACUUCGGUAACUCGCCGGUCUCCGUCAUCGUUCUCGCCAACAACAGGUUCCAUGGAUGCAUUCCGGCGAGCUUGGGGAACAUGUCUAACCUAAACGAGAUCAUUCUCAUGAACAACCAGUUCCGAUCGUGCUUGCCUUCGGAGAUAGGGUUGCUGAAGAACCUAACGGUGUUCGACGUCAGCAUCAACCAGCUUCUUGGUCCCUUGCCGGAUGCCAUUGGAAAUGCUGUGAGCUUGGAGCAGCUCAACGUGGCAAGCAAUUUACUCUCUGGUAAAAUUCCUGCUAGUAUUUGCAUGUUGCCUAAGCUUCAGAACUUCACAUAUUCUGAUAACUUCUUCACCGGUGAGCCUCCGGCAUGUCUCGCCUUGCCGGCGUUUGACGACCGGAGGAACUGCUUGCCGGCGAGGCCGUUGCAGAGGCCUCCGGCGCAAUGUAAGUCGUUCUUGUCUAAGCCAGUGGAUUGUAACUCCUUUGGAUGCAAACCUUUUGUUCCUUCCCCUCCUGUAGUGGUGGUUCCCUCGCCACCGCCGACAGUGGCACCUUCACCUCCGUCACCUGGUGUAGCGCCGACACCUCAUUCGCCACCGCCAGGAGUGGUGCCUUCGCCUCCAUCACCUGGAGUUGUGCCUGCACCUCCUUCGCCACCGCCAGGAGUGGUGCCUUCGCCUCCAUCACCUGGAGUUGUGCCUACACCUCCUUCGCCACCGCCAGCGGUCGCACCUUCACCUCCACCAUCUGGUUCUACUCCACAUUCUCCUCCUCCACCGUACUCUCAUUCACCGUCACCACCUGUUUACACUCCACAUUCACCUCCUCCUCCGUACGCUCCACCACCUGUUAACACUCCACAACCUCCUCCGCCUUCCCAAUUGCCGCCUCCAUCAUCUACUCCACCAAGUCCACCAUCUAUGUCUCCACCUUCCCCUACUCCAACGCCACCGUAUUGUGUCCGGUCUUCGCCGCCGCCUCCACCAAAUUCAGAGCCGCCACAUGCUCCUUUGUUCUCUCCACCACCACCUUCACAUAACUAUAACACACCACCACCACCUCACUCACCGCCUCCACCUGUUUAUCCUUAUUUGUCUCCACCGCCUCCGCCACAUGUCCUUUCACCACCACCUCCAUCUCCACCACCUUGUAUAGAACCAACACCUUCUCCCACACCUUACCCACCACCACCGGUAUAUGUUUCUUCACCUCCACCGGUUCAGUAUACUCCCCCAUCGCCGCCACCUCCUCCGGUUCAUUACAGUUCACCACCGCCAGCCCCCGUUCAUUACGGUUCGCCACCGCCACCUCCCGUUCACUACGGUUCGCCGCCUCCGCCUCCAGUUUACCCUUCUCCGCCGCCAGGAUCCCCGCCUCCUUGUGAAACACCGCCAUCUGCAUCUCCGCCUCCACCCGUCGUAUACUGGAACCCGCCACCUGCCCCAGUAUAUGAAGGGCCGUUGCCACCUAUCUUUGGAGUCCCAUACGCAUCGCCUCCACCGCCACCUUACUACUGAUUCUUUUGAGAGUUUUUCUCCUCUGACCUUUUCCUCUACGAACUACAAGAGUGAAGAGUCACGCUUUUAUUAUUGCGGCCCUUUCUACUGUAUCAUGCGACUCUCGUCGCUUAUCAAGGAAAAGUAUUACACGAGAAUGACAUUAUUUGUGCAAGGCAGCGUUUGUUCUUUAUUUUUAUUAUUAUUUAUCAUCAAAAGAAACAGAGUAGGUUGCAGCAAA